AUGAUGAAGGUGUUGAGCCUACCCUACUGGUUCCAGUUUGUUGGUCAGGAAGUCAAGAAUUCAGAUGCAAAGGGAGGUGCUAAGUCCCAGAUCGAGGAGUUUGGAGACGAGGUUGCUUGGAUUUAUAGCAUUGAAGAUGGGGCUGCGGAGUCGCGGAACCUCAGCAGCGCCCCAACUCUGCGGUCAUCCAUGGCUUCAGUUGCCAUAUGUACUGCAUACGGGCACCAGCUGCGAGGCUUCGACAGUGUUCUAUAUCAGGACCAAGGGAAAGGGGUGAGACCUCUGGCUUUUGUCAGCUGGAGUCUGUUACCCUUCGAUCGAAAAACAAUUGGAUCAGGCCAGGUUCUUCUAGCAGUUCUUGGAGCCCAUGUUUGUUCAAAGAAUGAGACAAGUCAACAAAGACUGCGUAUCAUCAGACAGAUUCCCAUUACAAAAUUCAACAAUCAGACUAUGAAAGAUGAUAUCAUGCUGCUGCAACUCGAGACUGAUGCAAAAAUCAACCAGUAUGUGAAUGUGCUCAACCUUCCCAAAGGAGGAAUCACCGACAUGAAAUCUGGAACAAGGUGCACCGUGGCAGGAUGGGGAAAAACAAAAAUAAACAAUUAUUCUGACACACUUCAAGAGGUGAAGGUCAAGGUAAUUGAUCGAGGAGAAUGCAAAGCCAUGUAUGGAUCUAUAAUAACCCAGGACAUGAUCUGUGUUGGUGACUGCGAAGGCAGAAGGAAUGCAUGUCAUGGUGAUUCAGGUGGCCCUUUGAUAUGCAACAAAAUGUAUACUGGGAUUGUGUCCUUUGGCGAAGAAGGAUGUCCAGAUCCCCAAAUCCCUGCGGUGUACACUUUACUAACAAAGAAAUACAUUGAUUGGAUUUGGGAUAUAAUUUGUUACCCACUGAAGAAUGCUGAUGGAUGCUGAACUGAGUUAUCACAAUCCUGCUUCACUCUGCUUUACUUACACUGAUGCUCAGUUAAUUGGCCUAGAGGGCCGGCUUGCCUCUAUCCUUACCUUUUCUGUUUUGCAUAAAA